CUGAUUGAAAUGACUGGGAUUGUUAAAAAAUAUAAUAACAUAUCAUUUUGGUUACACUAGUUAUUUUUACUGUGCCUAUAUAUUAAUUGUGCUUGGUGGUUGGUUUCGCUUGCUAGUUGCUGCUGCUUGAUACCUUGUUGCAAGCUAACAGAACUGGGGAGCAAGUUGCUAGACGCUAGGAACUGCGAGUGUCCUUUACCUAUUUGGUCCGGCCUUCAUGGCCAGUCCACCACAUCGCAUUUGUAUUGAUCAUGUUCAUUAUGGGCAGAAUAUCUUGAUUUCUCAAAGAGUGUACUUUCAAAGGGCCAAUGUUUACAUGCUUAGGUUUGGCUGAUAUUACCACUAUUAUUGCGUGGUGUGUUGUACACGUUCUGUCAUCUCCACGAAGCGUAGCUGCGGUGCCACACGGUGCAUAACUCUAACACGUAACACGUAACAUAGUGUCAAAUCUGGUAUGCACCCUGUAUAGCGUCGUGGGUUGCGCCCUGUAUAACGUCAUGUUAUAGAGUCUGCUGAGCCACAACGCUUUUGACGCCUAGUCGCUGUACUGUCAAAAUUGUUAUAUGAGGCUGUUAUAUCUGCUGUUAUGCACCGUGUGGCAGCGCAGUUAGGGAUGGUGGAAGCGUUUGUUUACGUCAAUCAAUUCCUAAGCGUGCAAACAUUGGCCUCGUGAAAGAACUCUUUUGGAGAAAUCAAGGUAUAAACAAUUUUUUUGUGCAAUUGUGCUAGCAGAUAACAGCAAAACAAAACAAAUCAACAUUGAAAACCAAAGCUCAUGUUAUUUGCUACUGUUGUGCCGAACCCAAAUAAUGAACAUUACAACGUUGUUCUACGAACUUGUCCGUAAGGACCUGGCACACAUCUACAGCACAUUAUCCAGUAACUUGUCCUUGACAACCGACAAGGAUGAGAAUGAACGUUUGCUGCUUCACUGGGCUGCCAUGGCUGGGCAGGAAACACUCGUCGACAAUCUGCUACGGCAACAUCCGAAUCAGUACGACGCUGAAGAUGACUCGAAAAUUACACCGCUGAUAUUGGCUGCCCAGGGCGGCCAUCUGAAUAUCGUAACGAAACUGGUAGCGCGCGGUGCCAACAUUAACCAGCGAAAUGCUCGAGGACACUCCGCCCUUCAGUAUGCCUGCUCGAAAGGUUAUAUAGAAAUUGCUGAGUUCCUGUUGGAUACCGGCGCCGACGUCAACAUUUUAGAUCACCUCAACGAAACCCCUCUGCACCGGGCGAUCGUUAUGGGGCGUGAAGCGAUUGUACAAUUGCUGCUCGCACGAGGAGCGAACAUGAUGAUUGCCAACACCGUGGGAAACACGCCUCUGCACUUGGCGUGUGAUGAGAACCAAAAAUGGUGCGCUAUUGCGCUGCUGAGGCGGGGUGCGAGCAGAAACGUACUGAACCGAGACGGCAUCGGACCACUAGAACUGGCUCCCCGGUCGCUAUUGAACGCCAUCGCUAACGAAGUAGACAACCGAACCACGGGAUGAGUAGAAGGUAUAUUAAAUUCGAAUCAAAAGUCGUCGAAUCGUUAUUUAUUUCGAUGAUAUCACCAUGUGAUUAGGAUAAAAUAAAUGGAGAAAAAAAUGAAACGCAAAAUUUAAAUAAAAC